UAAAAACACUCGCAUGCGACAGCUUAAUUGCUUACGACGUCUUUAACUCUCCUUGAAACUCUUCUCGCUAAGUCGCCAUUUCUUCCUUCUCAAGCAAACAUGAGACCUCCUCUAACUGGUGGACGUGGUGGUGGUGGUGGGUUCAGUGGUGGAGGUGGAGGUAGAGGAGGAGGAGGAAGAGGUUUUGGAGACCGUGGACGCGGCAGAGGCAUGAGAGGAAGAGGUAGAGCAGAGCGUCCUCGCGGAAGAGGAGCACCUAGAGGACGUGGAGGAAUGAAGGGAGGCAGCAAAGUGAUUGUGGAGCCACACAGACACGCUGGAGUGUUCAUUGCAAAGGGUAAAGAAGAAGCUCUUGUCACUAAGAACUUGGUCCCUGGUGAAGCUGUUUACAACGAGAAGAGAAUCUCUGUUCAGAAUGAAGAUGGAACUAAGACUGAAUACAGAGUGUGGAAUCCUUUCCGUUCUAAGUUGGCCGCUGCUAUUCUAGGUGGUGUUGAUAACAUUUAUAUUAAACCUGGUGCUAAAGUUCUAUACCUUGGUGCUGCUUCUGGAACUACAGUAUCCCAUGUAUCUGAUCUUGUUGGAUCUGAGGGAUGCGUUUACGCUGUUGAGUUUUCUCACAGAAGUGGUAGAGACUUGGUGAACAUGGCUAAGAAGAGAACUAAUAUUAUUCCUAUCAUUGAAGAUGCUAGACACCCUGCUAAAUACAGAAUGAUCGUUGGCAUGGUUGAUGUUAUCUUCGCUGAUGUUGCUCAGCCAGAUCAGGCUAGGAUCGUGGCUUUGAACUCAAGCUUCUUCCUCAAAACAGGAGGUCACUUUGUUAUCUCAAUCAAGGCUAACUGUAUUGACUCAACAGUUCCAGCAGAAGCAGUGUUUCAGAGCGAAGUGAAGAAGCUGCAACAGGAGCAGUUCAAGCCAGCAGAGCAGGUGACGCUUGAGCCAUUUGAGCGUGACCAUGCCUGUGUCGUUGGUACCUACCGUGCGCCUAAGAAGGCCAAGGCUGUUACUGCUGCUUAGAAAAAUUCAGAACAUUCCUUGUUUUGUUUUUGGAUUUGUUUUACUCUUUUCACAGUUCCUCAGAUUUUGCCUCUCUCUUCUUCUCUUUAUAAUCUCCAAAGGCUUUUUAGGUUUUAUUUAAGUAUGUAAUCAUUUUGAAUCUUGUUUACUUCAAUGUCUCAACUUACAAAGCUCU